AUGAAGUCCAAGAGUGUCAUGGCCGCUUCAGCGAUGAUGGAGCUUGCACUUGCUCAAGCUUCUGCGGAUCCUCUCUGCUCAGCCGUCAUCAAUCUCCAGCCUGUUGAAUAUCAGUUCCAGCAGCCUAUCCUCAUCGACUCCUACUUCCCUGCCAACACCGACAUUGUCCUUGAUGAUGGUCUGGUUGUGCAUGUCACGGAUGCUCCCACGUCUUUGAGCACUGUCCUUACUGAUGUCUCGACUAGCUUGACUACACUUACCAGUGUUACCGACGGAAACGGUUCUCCUCCGGAUGUAGGCUACCUGACCUUCACCAUUCCUGCGAACCCUGACGAUAUUGGCAAUCAUCCUGUCACCAAGACCUAUCCCCCCACUGAGCCGGGACAACCGGGUGUUGUGAUCAUCCAAGUCCCAACAUCUCCUCCUAGAGGUAACGGGAUCUCCAUCCCUUCUGCCCCAUAUGUCACGGUCACUACCACUGGAGACUUCCCUUCUCUUACUACCACAACUAUCACGCCUGAUAAGCCGGGAGCAACUGGUAGUGUCAUCAUCGAGGUCCCAAACUCUAAGACUGCUUCUCCUCCAGCAUCUUACGUAACCGUCACCACUACAGGAAAUCUUUCUCCCACUGAUGACCCACGCACGAGCACUAUUCCACCCGGCAACCCUACCGAUCCUGGUACAGUCAUUAUUGUCGUUCCAAGCUCCCAGGCUCCGCCUGCUUCCUAUGUCACCAGUACUACUACAGGAAAUCUUUCUCCCACUGAUAACCCCCUCACAAGUACUGUUCCUCCAAGCAACCCUACCGACCCUGGAACUGUCAUCAUUAUAGUGCCAAGCUCCCCAACUUCUUCUAUACCUUUCGUCACUGUCACCACCACCAUAAGCACUCUCAACCCCACAGACAAUCCUAUCACGUCUACAAUUUCCCCAUCCGGGUCAACUGGCACUGGUACUGUCAUCGUGGAGGUCCCCCCUUCCAGUUCUCCAGUUUCUUCUAUCCCAUUUCUCACUACUACCACAACCGUUACUACCCUCAACCCAACAGGCGGUCCUAUCACUUCAACUAUUUCUCCAUCUGGGUCAACAGGAACAGGCACUGUUAUUGUUAUCGUACCAAGCUCCCAGGCGCCAUCUGCUUCCUCAAUUCCAUUUAUCACUAUUACCACCACUGAUAGUACCCUUAACCCAACACACAGCCCUAUAACAACUACUGUUUCUCCAUCUGGGUCAGCUGGCACAGGCACAGUCAUCAUAGAGGUUCCACCCUCAAGUUCCUCAAUCCCCUUUACUACUAUUACCACCAAUGACACUACCCUCAACCCAACAGACAGUCCUAUUACAACUACUAUCUCUCCAUCUGGGUCAAGUGGUGCAGGCACAGUCAUCGUGGAGGUUCCACCCUCAAGUUCCCCAAUCCCCUUUACUACCAUUACCACCACUGACACUGCCCUCAACCCAACAGACAGCCCUAUAACAACUACUGUUUCUCCAUCUGGGUCAGCUGGCACAGGCACAGUCAUCAUAGAGGUUCCACCCUCAAGUUCCUCAAUCCCCUUUACUACUAUUACCACCACUGACACUGCCCUCAACCCAACAGACAGCCCUAUAACAACUACUGUUUCUCCAUCUGGGUCAGCUGGUACAGGCACAGUCAUCGUGGAGGUGCCACCCUCAAGUUCUCCAGUCUCAAUCCCAUUCACUACCAUUACCACCACUGACACUACCCUCAACCCAACAGACAGUCCUAUUACAACUACUGUCUCUCCAUCUGGGUCAGCUGGCACAGGCACAGUCAUCGUGGAGGUGCCACCCUCAAGUUCUCCAGCCUCAAUCCCAUUCACUACUAUUACCACAACUGAUAGUACACUCAACCCAACAGACAGUCCUAUUACAACUACUGUCUCUCCAUCUGGGUCAGCUGGCACAGGCACAGUCAUCGUGGAGGUGCCACCCUCAAGUUCUCCAGCCUCAAUCCCAUUCACUACUAUUACCACAACUGAUAGUACACUCAACCCAACAGACAGUCCUAUUACAACUACUGUCUCUCCAUCUGGGUCAGCUGGCACAGGCACAGUCAUCGUGGAGGUUCCACCCUCUAGCUCCUCUGCUGGAACAUCAUCCUCUGCUCCCAAUACGUCUAGUCCUAGCCAGACGACUACCGGUGAUGCUGUUUCGAGCACCUCAGAAAGUGCACCAGCAAGCAGUUCAGCUGCUUCGUCAAACUCGCCGUCUCAGGCACCCUCCAGCGCCAGUUCAGAGACAAACAGCCCCGCCACUUCUUCUGCUUCUUCUUCUUCUUCUGCCCCUUCAACAAGCGGCGCGGAGACCAGCUCCGCUGCCAACCCCACCACCUCCAGCCCUGCUUCGUCAGCGGCUACUUCUGCCCCUGGUUCCUCCACAGAGUCUACUCCAAGCUCAUCCACCAUCGAAGCAGCCUCCAACUUUGAUCCCUGCCCCGACAGUCUCUAUUCAAACCCCGAGUGUUGUUCCAUCGAUGCUGUUGGAGUUGCAGACCUUGAAUGCGAGUCACCCACUGAGUCUCCUACGGAUGCCUCCGACUUCCAAGCCAUCUGCGCUGCCGGUGGUAAACGAGCACGAUGCUGUGUUCUCCCUGUGGAAGAGUAG